UGGCGUCACAUCCCGAUAGACAGAGGCAGAGCUAGCCGGCCUCUCCGCGUGGUGAUCAGCUCAGCCGGUGAGGAUCAAGAGGCAGGCAACGCAAAGAUAACCAGCUUCGGCGAGGUCGAGGCAUCGAGCAGAGGAGCGGAGAGAAGAGCAGAGUAGAAACCUACGUGCUCCAAUCCAGCAGCAGUCCAAGAGGAUAUAUGUCGUGCCUGGGCCGCGCGGCGGUGCCGGUGAAGCGGGUCUGGCGCGGUCUCAGCGCGCGCCUCGGCCUCCGGCGGACCACCGGUGAGUUGUCUACCUACGUGCCGAUGGAUCGGGGAUCAGACGACCGGUCGGAUGCUGAGGAUGACAUGGACGUCGGCGUGCUCGCAGGGCUGGGCAGGCUGCGGAAGGAGGUGCGGACGUGCGAGUACCGCGACGUGCACGUCAUGUGGGAGAUGCUCAGCAAGAGUAACACCACCGGCGGCACCACUAGGGGUGGAGGAGACAUGCCCGACGACGACGCCGCCGGGAAGGGCGCGGCGGCGACGAGGCGGACGAGGAGGGGGAGGAGGCUCGUCGUGUCUCCUACUGCUGCGCGCUCUGAGCUGAGCUGAGCUGAGCUGAGCUGAGCAGAGCAGAGCAGAGCCAUUCAGAGACGGACAGAGAGGGAUCCUCUUCUUGUGCGUUCUUGAUUGGAACAGGGAGUUCAUCGAUCAAUUAAGCUUUGGCAGAAGAGGGUCUUGUUUGUUUGGAACGGAGGAAUUUCACAGUUGGAUUCCAAAAAUCCCGCGUUCCGAAUGGGUAUCAUUCCAGGGUUGUGUAUAUACAGGCUGCUGUGAUUUUGAUCCAAUUUUGUUUGUGUCUUCGGUUGUCCGCUUGUUCAUUCGAGCUGUGGUUCCAUCAGAAAUCUUUUGCUGUCAUUCCA